ACAGAAAAAACACGAAGAAGAAGUGGUGGCGCAACACAGUUUAGCUAACGUUAAGAGCGACGGGCGCAGUUCGCGACAGCCGCUCCCAGCCUGAAUAACGCUACGACUCCACUUAGUGCUCGUCCUGCCUUUCUUAUGACAUCCUCUCAAAGCGGCCGACGCAGCGCAGCAUGUUCGAGGAUCAUGAACUUCAAGAUUCGUUGUCAUUGAGUCUCAAUGAAAACUGUGAUAAGCUGAAUUCAUCACAUUAUGAUCCAAAAAGAACACCAGUAAGUCCUGAUUAUACCUGUGACACCCCAGACAUUCAAGUAAUCAUCAAAGAAGAAGAAGAAGUGUGGACUGUGAGUGACAAUCAAGAGAGCUUCAGAUUAGGGGAACAGAAAGAGGUUACAUCUCCUACGCAAACUUGUCAUCCCCACCUCAAUGCAUGUGGGACAGAGAGCAUCAUUUUAUACGGAGACAAGAGAAACCAGAGUGUACAUUUGGUGGAGGAAUGCUCUGAGGAGUCAGCUGGUCCUGGGCUCCAUGGGCAGAACUCCUCUGACAGUGAGGGCCAGCCAGGACACGUCCGCCUUUACUCUGAUGACAAACAAAAGAUUUCCUCUAUAUGUGAGAAGGCAAAAGGAAAUGUGCACGAGUGUAGUGACACAGGGAAGAAAGCUACAUCUUCCUUGAAGACAGAAGCGGAACUACACGAGACCAAACAUUUGGCACCUUGCCAGUCAGAUUGUGCUAAACAAAAGCCCCUGAUCUCACAAGGAUUGAAGAUGACAUCACCAAACCUAGAGGACCAAACGCUACAUUUAACUGUCAGGCUGCAAGCAGGAGAGGAGGAUGAGGAGGAACAAGAUGAAGAAAUCGGUGGAUUAAUAAACUCUGAUGGGGAAGUUGUUGAGUGGGAUGUUAGAGACAGUCCUGACCAAGGUUCUGAGUGUGCAGAGGUUCUCCAGCCUAGCAAGCUUCAAGGCCAAAUCCAGAGAGACAGCAGUAGUCCAACUCUCAUCAUGGAAGUGUCUGUGGGGGAAGAUGAAGAAAGGGAAGAAGGGGAGGAAAAAGAGAGAGUAGUAAAGAUGACGACUGUUCCACGCUUAUACCGUGGAAAGAGACACAGAAGAAAGAACAAGGCCCCAGAAGUAGCAGUGGUGUCACUGGAUGUGUCAGACGUGCAGAAAGUAGUUCCUACAAAUCCCUUAAAGAUAAGGUGCAGAAGACGGAUUUCUAAAACUACGCUGUUGUCUGAUCAAGCUUUGGAGGAAGAACAUGGAUUAUCAAGGCGUUCAAGAAGAAGGAGAAAUGUAGCAACUGAAGUGAAAUCAGAGGAGCCAAAUGCAAAAGUCGUUUGCCGUGUGGCUGGAAAGCGAGCUUACAGAAGAAGGAAAGAUAUUAAAUCCACUUCUGAAGGAGAGAGCACAGAUGUUACAGCAGGGAAGAAGCGCCCUGGCAGAAAAAUGGUACAGGUGUCAGUAGAAAUACCUCCUGAGCUACUAAAGACACCCAAAGAAAAGAUAGAGUAUCACUGCUCAGUUUGUGGCAAGGAAUUUCCUCACGCCUACAAGCUAGAGAGGCACGAGCUGAUUCACACAGGAGAGAAACCUUAUUGCUGCUCCAUUUGUGGUCGGGGAUUUAACCAGAAGGGAAAUCUAAAAACACACUACAAAGUCCACCUAGGUCGCAAAGGUGCUGUGGACUUUGAUGAUGAGAUUGAUCCUAUAGCAUCGGAACUCUCUGAAUACUUGAAGUCACUGCCUGGGGAGUCCAGGAUUAGGUCAUCUCUCCAUUGCAUGGAGUUUGGGAAAGACUGUGACAGUCAGUCUGCUCUUCAAGCACAUCAUAUUACUGCACAUACAGAGACAGCUUCUGAACCCCCCACAGUGGAGCACAGUCCAUCAAGGCUUCUCUUCUGCCGCCGCUGUGGUCUUCAGUUCAGUGAAACGAAAAAACUGGAAGAACACAUGAAAUCUCAUAUCAAGGAGAAGCCCUACUCGUGUCCCGACUGUGGCAAAAAGUUUAUCAAUGAAAGCUACAUACAAAUUCACCAGCGCAUCCAUACCGGUGAGAAACCGUUCCUAUGCUCCCAGUGUGGAAGAGGCUUCCACACGGCAUCAUCUCUCAAGCUGCAUGAGAUGCAACACUCUGGGGAGAGGCCAUACGCUUGUUCCAUUUGUGGAAAGACGUUUCGGAUAAACUCCUACCUAACUGCACAUUACCAGACCCACAGUAGAGACAGACCGUUCACUUGCAGCGUCUGUGGGAAAGGCUACUCCAGAGCUGAGGAACUCAAGGUGCACCACAGACUUCACACCGGAGAAAGACCCUAUGAGUGUGGAGUUUGUGGCAAGAACUUCAUUUAUCGCCAGGGUCUCCGGCAGCAUCAGCGCACACAUGCUGGAAGACGUAUUGGGCCGACCAGACAACUGGGUAGACCGAAGCAGCAGGCUCGGUUGGACAUCUAGCACUUUGACUAACUAACUGUACUUGGAAUUAUUGCAGUUAAACAUUCUGGUAUUCUUCUUUCCAUUUCUUCCGUCUACAGCAAAGACUAUUAAUGUGUCUGAAAAUAAGCACUACAGUGUGGGUUGUCAAGAAUAAUCCAGAGGCUUAAUGUGUUUGUCUUCUUGUGUUCAUGUUUUGUAAUCCUGUUUUUAUGUCUGCUCUUGUAGCCCAUCUGUACUAUUUGAGUGCCUUUGUAUUCUGCAUGCCAAAAACAAAUACAUGUAAAAAGAUUAUGCACAGUAUUGUUAUUUUUCAAUAUCCAUCUGGAUGGAAUACAGACAUUUUUCAGAAAACUGUGUUUUUUUUACGGUUUUGAAAUUAUUUGACUCUACAAAGUUUAACCCUCUGAUGAGUGGGAUUUAAGUAGCAUCCAGUUCAAAUAAAGGAAACAUACAGUA